AUGGCUAAUUACGGGUACUUUACUAGCGAGUACGUGAACCGUUCGCGGUUCCCAUUCCAAGGCGGAGGGGAAGAUGAGGAGAGAUCGAAUGGAGGCGGCAACGUGGAGGGUGAUGGGAGCAGUGAUGGGGAAGACCGAAGUGACGAAUCUGAAGGGGAUGGGCAGGGGAAUGCGAAGGGAGAAGGGAUGGGAGAAGGGAUGGGGGAUGAGAAGGAGGAGGAGAAUGGAGAAGACUGUAAAGGCAGUGAUGAUGAUGCUUCAUGGAGUAGUAAUAUGGAAGGUAAUGAGGAGGGUAUGGACGGGAGCGGUAAUGGGGAAGGUAAUGAGGAAGGAGGGAAUAGUGGUGGGGAAGGCAAUGGGGAAGAUAAGGCAGGGAAUAGUGAUGGGGAAGACAGUGAGGAGGAUAAUGCAGGGAAUAGUGAUGGGGAAGGCAAUGAGGAGGAUAAUGCAGGGAAUAGUGAUGGGGAAGACAGUGAGGAGGAAGGAGGGAGUAGCACUGAUGGGCAAUACCAUGAGGAUAUCGACGGAAGUGAUAAUGGGGAAGAUGGAGAUAAUGGGGAUGACAAUGAGGAGGAUAAGGAAGGGAGUGAUAACGGGGAUGCCAAUGAGGAGGACAGGGAAGGGAGUAGUGAUGCGCAGGGCAGCGCGGAGGAAGGAUCAAUUAGCUUAGAUGGGCGAGACAAUGAUAAUUUGGAAGGGAGUGCAGAGCAGCAGGGGGGAGAGGAGCAGCAGGGGGGAGAGGAGCAGCAGGGGGGAGAGGAGCAGCAGGGGGGAGAGGAGCAGCAGGGGGGAGAGGAGCAGCAGGGGGGAGAGGAGCAGCAGGGGGGAGAGGAGCAGCAGGGGGGAGAGGAGCAGCAGGGGGGAGAGGAGCAGCAGGGGGGAGAGGAGCAGCAGGGGGGAGAGGAGCAGCAGGGGGGAGAGGAGCAGCAGGGGGGAGAGGAGCAGCAGGGGGGAGAGGAGCAGCAGGGGGGAGAGGAGCAGCAGGGGGGAGAGGAGCAGCAGGGGGGAGAGGAGCAGCAGGGGGGAGAGGAGCAGCAGGGGGAGAGGAGCAGCAGGGGGGAGAGGAGCAGCAGGGGGGAGAGGAGCAGCAGGGGGGAGAGGAGCAGCAGGGGGGAGAGGAGCAGCAGGGGGGAGAGGAGCAGCAGGGGGGAGAGGAGCAGCAGGGGGGAGAGGAGCAGCAGGGGGGAGAGGAGCAGCAGGGGGGAGAGGAGCAGCAGGGGGGAGAGGAGCAGCAGGGGGGAGAGGAGCAGCAGGGGGGAGAGGAGCAGCAGGGGGGAGAGGAGCAGCAGGGGGGGAGAGGAGCAGCAGGGGGGAGAGGAGCAGCAGGGGGGAGAGGAGCAGCAGGGGGGAGAGGAGCAGCAGGGGGGAGAGGAGCAGCAGGGGGGAGAGGAGCAGCAGGGGGAGAGGAGCAGCAGGGGGGAGAGGAGCAGCAGGGGGGAGAGGAGCAGCAGGGGGGAGAGGAGCAGCAGGGGGGAGAGGAGCAGCAGGGGGACGAGGAGCAGCAGGGGGACGAGGAGCAGCAGGGGGGAGAGGAGCAGCAGGGGGACGAGGAGCAGCAGGGGGACGAGGAGCAGCAGGGGGACGAGGAGCAGCAGGGGGGAGAGGAGCAGCAGGGGGACGAGGAGCAGCAGGGGGACGAGGAGCAGCAGGGGGACGGGGAGAGGAGCAGCAGGGGGGAGAGGAGCAGCAGGGGGGAGAGGAGCAGCAGGGGGGAGAGGAGCAGCAGGGGGGAGAGGAGCAGCAGGGGGGAGAGGAGCAGCAGGGGGGAGAGGAGCAGCAGGGGGGAGAGGAGCAGCAGGGGGGAGAGGAGCAGCAGGGGGGAGAGGAGCAGCAGGGGGGAGAGGAGCAGCAGGGGGGAGAGGAGCAGCAGGGGGGAGAGGAGCAGCAGGGGGGAGAGGAGCAGCAGGGGGGAGAGGAGCAGCAGGGGGGAGAGGAGCAGCAGGGGGGAGAGGAGCAGCAGGGGGACGAGGAGCAGCAGGGGGACGAGGAGCAGCAGGGGGAGAGGAGCAGCAGGGGGACGAGGAGCAGCAGGGGGACGAGGAGCAGCAGGGGGACGAGGAGCAGCAGGGGGGAGAGGAGCAGCAGGGGGACGAGGAGCAGCAGGGGGACGAGGAGCAGCAGGGGGACGAGGAGCAGCAGGGGGACGAGGAGCAGCAGGGGACGAGGAGCAGCAGGGGGACGAGGAGCAGCAGGGGGACGAGGAGCAGCAGGGGGACGAGGAGCAGCAGGGGGACGAGGAGCAGCAGGGGGACGAGGAGCAGCAGGGGGACGAGGAGCAGCAGGGGGACGAGGAGCAGCAGGGGGACGAGGAGCAGCAGGGGGACGAGGAGCAGCAGGGGGACGAGGAGCAGCAGGGGGACGAGGAGCAGCAGGGGGACGAGGAGCAGCAGGGGGACGAGGAGCAGCAGGGGGACGAGGAGCAUCAGGGGGACGAGGAGCAGCAGGGGGACGAGGAGCAGCAGGGGGACGAGGAGCAGCAGGGGGACGAGGAGCAGCAGGGGGACGAGGAGCAGCAGGGGGACGAGGAGCAGCAGGGGGACGAGGAGCAGCAGGGGGACGAGGAGCAGCAGGGGGACGAGGAGCAGCAGGGGGACGAGGAGCAGCAGGGGGACGAGGAGCAGCAGGGGGACGAGGAGCAGCAGGGGGACGAGGAGCAGCAGGGGGACGAGGAGCAGCAGGGGGACGAGGAGCAGCAGGGGGACGAGGAGCAGCAGGGGGACGAGGAGCAGCAGGGACGCAGCAGGGGGACGAGGAGCAGCAGGGGGACGAGGAGCAGCAGGGGGACGAGGAGCAGCAGGGGGACGAGGAGCAGCAGGGGGACGAGGAGCAGCAGGGGACGAGGAGCAGCAGGGGGACGAGGAGCAGCAGGGGGACGAGGAGCAGCAGGGGGACGAGGAGCAGCAGGGGGACGAGGAGCAGCAGGGGGACGAGGAGCAGCAGGGGGACGAGGAGCAGCAGGGGGACGAGGAGCAGCAGGGGGACGAGGAGCAGCAGGGGGACGAGGAGCAGCAGGGGGACGAGGAGCAGCAGGGGGACGAGGAGCAGCAGGGGGACGAGGAGCAGCAGGGGACGAGGAGCAGCAGGGGGACGAGGAGCAGCAGGGGGACGAGGAGCAGCAGGGGGACGAGGAGCAGCAGGGGGACGAGGAGCAGCAGGGGGACGAGGAGCAGCAGGGGACGAGGAGCAGCAGGGGGACGAGGAGCAGCAGGGGGACGAGGAGCAGCAGGGGGACGAGGAGCAGCAGGGGGACGAGGAGCAGCAGGGGGACGAGGAGCAGCAGGGGACGAGGAGCAGCAGGGGACGAGGAGCAGCAGGGGGACGAGGAGCAGCAGGGGGACGAGGAGCCAGCAGGGGGACGAGGAGCAGCAGGGGGACGAGGAGCAGCAGGGGGACCGAGGAGCAGCAGGGGGACGAGGAGCAGCAGGGGGACGAGGAGCAGCAGGGGACGAGGAGCAGCAGGGGGGACGAGGAGCAGCAGGGGGACGAGGAGCAGCAGGGGGACGAGGAGCAGCAGGGGGGACGAGGAGCAGCAGGGGGACGAGGAGCAGCAGGGGGACGAGGAGCAGCAGGGGGACGAGGAGCAGCAGGGGGACGAGGAGCAGCAGGGGGACGAGGAGCAGCAGGGGACGAGGAGCAGCAGGGGGACGAGGAGCAGCAGGGGGACGAGGAGCAGCAGGGGGACGAGGAGCAGCAGGGGGACGAGGAGCAGCAGGGGGACGAGGAGCAGCAGGGGGACGAGGAGCAGCAGGGGGACGAGGAGCAGCAGGGGGACGAGGAGCAGCAGGGGGACGAGGAGCAGCAGGGGGACGAGGAGCAGCAGGGGACGAGGAGCAGCAGGGGACGAGGAGCAGCAGGGGACGAGGAGCAGCAGGGGGACGAGGAGCAGCAGGGGGACGAGGAGCAGCAGGGGGACGAGGAGCAGCAGGGGGACGAGGAGCAGCAGGGGGACGAGGAGCAGCAGGGGGACGAGGAGCAGCAGGGGGACGAGGAGCAGCAGGGGACGAGGAGCAGCAGGGGGACGAGGAGCAGCAGGGGGACGAGGAGCAGCAGGGGGACGAGGAGCAGCAGGGGGACGAGGAGCAGCAGGGGGACGAGGAGCAGCAGGGGGACGAGGAGCAGCAGGGGGACGAGGAGCAGCAGGGGGACGAGGAGCAGCAGGGGGACGAGGAGCAGCAGGGGGACGAGGAGCAGCAGGGGGACGAGGAGCAGCAGGGGGACGAGGAGCAGCAGGGGGACGAGGAGCAGCAGGGGGACGAGGAGCAGCAGGGGGACGAGGAGCAGCAGGGGGACGAGGAGCAGCAGGGGGACGAGGAGCAGCAGGGGACGAGGAGCAGCAGGGGACGAGGAGCAGCAGGGGGACGAGGAGCAGCAGGGGGACGAGGAGCAGCAGGGGGACGAGGAGCAGCAGGGGGACGAGGAGCAGCAGGGGGACGAGGAGCAGCAGGGGGACGAGGAGCAGCAGGGGGACGAGGAGCAGCAGGGGGACGAGGAGCAGCAGGGGGACGAGGAGCAGCAGGGGGGACGAGGAGCAGCAGGGGGACGAGGAGCAGCAGGGGGACGAGGAGCAGCAGGGGGACGAGGAGCAGCAGGGGGACGAGGAGCAGCAGGGGGACGAGGAGCAGCAGGGGGACGAGGAGCAGCAGGGGGGACGAGGAGCAGCAGGGGGACGAGGAGCAGCAGGGGACGAGGAGCAGCAGGGGGGACGAGGAGCAGCAGGGGGACGAGGAGCAGCAGGGGGACGAGGGAGCAGCAGGGGACGAGGAGCAGCAGGGGGACGAGGAGCAGCAGGGGGACGAGGAGCAGCAGGGGGACGAGGAGCAGCAGGGGGACGAGGAGCAGCAGGGGGACGAGGAGCAGCAGGGGGACGAGGAGCAGCAGGGGGACGAGGAGCAGCAGGGGGACGAGGAGCAGCAGGGGGACGAGGAGCAGCAGGGGGACGAGGAGCAGCAGGGGGACGAGGAGCAGCAGGGGGACGAGGAGCAGCAGGGGGACGAGGAGCAGCAGGGGGACGAGGAGCAGCAGGGGGACGAGGAGCAGCAGGGGGACGAGGAGCAGCAGGGGGACGAGGAGCAGCAGGGGGACGAGGAGCAGCAGGGGGACGAGGAGCAGCAGGGGGACGAGGAGCAGCAGGGGGACGAGGAGCAGCAGGGGGACGAGGAGCAGCAGGGGGACGAGGAGCAGCAGGGGGACGAGGAGCAGCAGGGGGACGAGGAGCAGCAGGGGGACGAGGAGCAGCAGGGGGACGAGGAGCAGCAGGGGGACGAGGAGCAGCAGGGGGACGAGGAGCAGCAGGGGGACGAGGAGCAGCAGGGGGACGAGGAGCAGCAGGGGGACGAGGAGCAGCAGGGGGACGAGGAGCAGCAGGGGGACGAGGAGCAGCAGGGGGACGAGGAGCAGCAGGGGGGACGAGGAGCAGCAGGGGGGACGAGGAGCAGCAGGGGGACGAGGAGCAGCAGGGGGACGAGGAGCAGCAGGGGACGAGGAGCAGCAGGGGGACGAGGAGCAGCAGGGGGACGAGGAGCAGCAGGGGGACGAGGAGCAGCAGGGGGACGAGGAGCAGCAGGGGGACGAGGAGCAGCAGGGGGACGAGGAGCAGCAGGGGGACGAGGAGCAGCAGGGGGACGAGGAGCAGCAGGGGGACGAGGAGCAGCAGGGGGACGAGGAGCAGCAGGGGACGAGGAGCAGCAGGGGGACGAGGAGCAGCAGGGGGACGAGGAGCAGCAGGGGGACGAGGAGCAGCAGGGGGACGAGGAGCAGCAGGGGGACGAGGAGCAGCAGGGGGACGAGGAGCAGCAGGGGGACGAGGAGCAGCAGGGGGACGAGGAGCAGCAGGGGGACGAGGAGCAGCAGGGGGACGAGGAGCAGCAGGGGGACGAGGAGCAGCAGGGGGACGAGGAGCAGCAGGGGGACGAGGAGCAGCAGGGGGACGAGGAGCAGCAGGGGGACGAGGAGCAGCAGGGGGACGAGGAGCAGCAGGGGGACGAGGAGCAGCAGGGGGACGAGGAGCAGCAGGGGGACGAGGAGCAGCAGGGGGACGAGGAGCAGCAGGGGGACGAGGAGCAGCAGGGGGACGAGGAGCAGCAGGGGGACGAGGAGCAGCAGGGGGACGAGGAGCAGCAGGGGGACGAGGAGCAGCAGGGGGACGAGGAGCAGCAGGGGGACGAGGAGCAGCAGGGGGACGAGGAGCAGCAGGGGGACGAGGAGCAGCAGGGGGACGAGGAGCAGCAGGGGGACGAGGAGCAGCAGGGGGACGAGGAGCAGCAGGGGGACGAGGAGCAGCAGGGGGACGAGGAGCAGCAGGGGGACGAGGAGCAGCAGGGGGACGAGGAGCAGCAGGGGGACGAGGAGCAGCAGGGGGACGAGGAGCAGCAGGGGGACGAGGAGCAGCAGGGGGACGAGGAGCAGCAGGGGGACGAGGAGCAGCAGGGGGACGAGGAGCAGCAGGGGGACGAGGAGCAGCAGGGGGACGAGGAGCAGCAGGGGGACGAGGAGCAGCAGGGGGACGAGGAGCAGCAGGGGGACGAGGAGCAGCAGGGGGACGAGGAGCAGCAGGGGGACGAGGAGCAGCAGGGGGACGAGGAGCAGCAGGGGGACGAGGAGCAGCAGGGGGACGAGGAGCAGCAGGGGGACGAGGAGCAGCAGGGGGACGAGGAGCAGCAGGGGGACGAGGAGCAGCAGGGGGACGAGGAGCAGCAGGGGGACGAGGAGCAGCAGGGGGACGAGGAGCAGCAGGGGGACGAGGAGCAGCAGGGGGACGAGGAGCAGCAGGGGGACGAGGAGCAGCAGGGGGACGAGGAGCAGCAGGGGGACGAGGAGCAGCAGGGGGACGAGGAGCAGCAGGGGGACGAGGAGCAGCAGGGGGACGAGGAGCAGCAGGGGGACGAGGAGCAGCAGGGGGACGAGGAGCAGCAGGGGGACGAGGAGCAGCAGGGGGACGAGGAGCAGCAGGGGGACGAGGAGCAGCAGGGGGACGAGGAGCAGCAGGGGGACGAGGAGCAGCAGGGGACGAGGAGCAGCAGGGGGACGAGGAGCAGCAGGGGGACGAGGAGCAGCAGGGGGACGAGGAGCAGCAGGGGGACGAGGAGCAGCAGGGGGACGAGGAGCAGCAGGGGGACGAGGAGCAGCAGGGGGACGAGGAGCAGCAGGGGGACGAGGAGCAGCAGGGGGACGAGGAGCAGCAGGGGGACGAGGAGCAGCAGGGGGACGAGGAGCAGCAGGGGGACGAGGAGCAGCAGGGGGACGAGGAGCAGCAGGGGACGAGGAGCAGCAGGGGGACGAGGAGCAGCAGGGGGACGAGGAGCAGCAGGGGGACGAGGAGCAGCAGGGGGACGAGGAGCAGCAGGGGACGAGGAGCAGCAGGGGACGAGGAGCAGCAGGGGGACGAGGAGCAGCAGGGGGACGAGGAGCAGCAGGGGGACGAGGAGCAGCAGGGGGACGAGGAGCAGCAGGGGGACGAGGAGCAGCAGGGGGACGAGGAGCAGCAGGGGGACGAGGAGCAGCAGGGGGACGAGGAGCAGCAGGGGGACGAGGAGCAGCAGGGGGACGAGGAGCAGCAGGGGGACGAGGGAGCAGCAGGGGGACGAGGAGCAGCAGGGGGACGAGGAGCAGCAGGGGGACGAGGAGCAGCAGGGGGGACGAGGAGCAGCAGGGGGACGAGGAGCAGCAGGGGGACGAGGAGCAGCAGGGGGACCGAGGAGCAGCAGGGGGACGAGGAGCAGCAGGGGGACGAGGAGCAGCAGGGGGACGAGGAGCAGCAGGGGGACGAGGAGCAGCAGGGGGACGAGGAGCAGCAGGGGGACGAGGAGCAGCAGGGGGACGAGGAGCAGCAGGGGGACGAGGAGCAGCAGGGGGACGAGGAGCAGCAGGGGGACGAGGAGCAGCAGGGGGACGAGGAGCAGCAGGGGGACGAGGAGCAGCAGGGGAGGAGCAGCAGGGGGACGAGGAGCAGCAGGGGGACGAGGAGCAGCAGGGGGACGAGGAGCAGCAGGGGGACGAGGAGCAGCAGGGGGACGAGGAGCAGCAGGGGGACGAGGAGCAGCAGGGGGACGAGGAGCAGCAGGGGGACGAGGAGCAGCAGGGGGACGAGGAGCAGCAGGGGGACGAGGAGCAGCAGGGGGACGAGGAGCAGCAGGGGGACGAGGAGCAGCAGGGGGACGAGGAGCAGCAGGGGGACGAGGAGCAGCAGGGGGACGAGGAGCAGCAGGGGGACGAGGAGCAGCAGGGGGACGAGGAGCAGCAGGGGGACGAGGAGCAGCAGGGGGACGAGGAGCAGCAGGGGGACGAGGAGCAGCAGGGGGACGAGGAGCAGCAGGGGGACGAGGAGCAGCAGGGGGACGAGGAGCAGCAGGGGGACGAGGAGCAGCAGGGGGACGAGGAGCAGCAGGGGGACGAGGAGCAGCAGGGGGACGAGGAGCAGCAGGGGGACGAGGAGCAGCAGGGGGACGAGGAGCAGCAGGGGGACGAGGAGCAGCAGGGGGACGAGGAGCAGCAGGGGGGACGAGGAGCAGCAGGGGGACGAGGAGCAGCAGGGGGACGAGGAGCAGCAGGGGGACGAGGAGCAGCAGGGGGACGAGGAGCAGCAGGGGGACGAGGAGCAGCAGGGGGACGAGGAGCAGCAGGGGGACGAGGAGCCAGCGGGGACGAGGAGCAGCAGGGGGACGAGGAGCAGCAGGGGGACGAGGAGCAGCAGGGGGACGAGGAGCAGCAGGGGGACGAGGAGCAGCAGGGGGACGAGGAGCAGCAGGGGGACGAGGAGCAGCAGGGGGACGAGGAGCAGCAGGGGGACGAGGAGCAGCAGGGGACGAGGAGCAGCAGGGGGACGAGGAGCAGCAGGGGGACGAGGAGCAGCAGGGGGACGAGGAGCAGCAGGGGGACGAGGAGCAGCAGGGGGACGAGGAGCAGCAGGGGGACGAGGAGCAGCAGGGGGACGAGGAGCAGCAGGGGACGAGGAGCAGCAGGGGGACGAGGAGCAGCAGGGGGACGAGGAGCAGCAGGGGGACGAGGAGCAGCAGGGGGACGAGGAGCAGCAGGGGGACGAGGAGCAGCAGGGGGACGAGGAGCAGCAGGGGGACGAGGAGCAGCAGGGGGACGAGGAGCAGCAGGGGGACGAGGAGCAGCAGGGGGACGAGGAGCAGCAGGGGGACGAGGAGCAGCAGGGGGACGAGGAGCAGCAGGGGGACGAGGAGCAGCAGGGGGACGAGGAGCAGCAGGGGGACGAGGAGCAGCAGGGGGACGAGGAGCAGCAGGGGGACGAGGAGCAGCAGGGGGACGAGGAGCAGCAGGGGGACGAGGAGCAGCAGGGGGACGAGGAGCAGCAGGGGGACGAGGAGCAGCAGGGGACGAGGAGCAGCAGGGGGACGAGGAGCAGCAGGGGGACGAGGAGCAGCAGGGGGACGAGGAGCAGCAGGGGGACGAGGAGCAGCAGGGGGACGAGGAGCAGCAGGGGACGAGGAGCAGCAGGGGGACGAGGAGCAGCAGGGGGACGAGGAGCAGCAGGGGGACGAGGAGCAGCAGGGGGACGAGGAGCAGCAGGGGGACGAGGAGCAGCAGGGGGACGAGGAGCAGCAGGGGGACGAGGAGCAGCAGGGGGACGAGGAGCAGCAGGGGGACGAGGAGCAGCAGGGGGACGAGGAGCAGCAGGGGGACGAGGAGCAGCAGGGGGACGAGGAGCAGCAGGGGGACGAGGAGCAGCAGGGGGACGAGGAGCAGCAGGGGGGACGAGGAGCAGCAGGGGGACGAGGAGCAGCAGGGGGACGAGGAGCAGCAGGGGGACGAGGAGCAGCAGGGGGACGAGGAGCAGCAGGGGGACGAGGAGCAGGACGAGGAGCAGGGGGACGAGGAGCAGCAGGGGGACGAGGAGCAGCAGGGGGACGAGGAGCAGCAGGGGGACGAGGAGCAGCAGGGGGACGAGGAGCAGCAGGGGGACGAGGAGCAGCAGGGGGACGAGGAGCAGCAGGGGGACGAGGAGCAGCAGGGGGACGAGGAGCAGCAGGGGGACGAGGAGCAGCAGGGGGACGAGGAGCAGCAGGGGGACGAGGAGCAGCAGGGGACGAGGAGCAGCAGGGGGACGAGGAGCAGCAGGGGGACGAGGAGCAGCAGGGGGACGAGGAGCAGCAGGGGGACGAGGAGCAGCAGGGGGACGAGGAGCAGCAGGGGGACGAGGAGCAGCAGGGGGACGAGGAGCAGCAGGGGGACGAGGAGCAGCAGGGGGACGAGGAGCAGCAGGGGGACGAGGAGCAGCAGGGGGACGAGGAGCAGCAGGGGGACGAGGAGCAGCAGGGGGACGAGGAGCAGCAGGGGGACGAGGAGCAGCAGGGGGACGAGGAGCAGCAGGGGGACGAGGAGCAGCAGGGGGACGAGGAGCAGCAGGGGGACGAGGAGCAGCAGGGGGACGAGGAGCAGCAGGGGGACGAGGAGCAGCAGGGGGACGAGGAGCAGCAGGGGGACGAGGAGCAGCAGGGGACGAGGAGCAGCAGGGGGACGAGGAGCAGCAGGGGGACGAGGAGCAGCAGGGGGACGAGGAGCAGCAGGGGGACGAGGAGCAGCAGGGGGACGAGGAGCAGCAGGGGGACGAGGAGCAGCAGGGGGACGAGGAGCAGCAGGGGGACGAGGAGCAGCAGGGGGACGAGGAGCAGCAGGGGGACGAGGAGCAGCAGGGGGACGAGGAGCAGCAGGGGGACGAGGAGCAGCAGGGGGACGAGGAGCAGCAGGGGGACGAGGAGCAGCAGGGGGACGAGGAGCAGCAGGGGGACGAGGAGCAGCAGGGGGACGAGGAGCAGCAGGGGGACGAGGAGCAGCAGGGGGACGAGGAGCAGCAGGGGGACGAGGAGCAGCAGGGGGACGAGGAGCAGCAGGGGGACGAGGAGCAGCAGGGGGACGAGGAGCAGCAGGGGGACGAGGAGCAGCAGGGGGACGAGGAGCAGCAGGGGGACGAGGAGCAGCAGGGGGACGAGGAGCAGCAGGGGGACGAGGAGCAGCAGGGGGACGAGGAGCAGCAGGGGGACGAGGAGCAGCAGGGGGACGAGGAGCAGCAGGGGGACGAGGAGCAGCAGGGGGACGAGGAGCAGCAGGGGGACGAGGAGCAGCAGGGGGACGAGGAGCAGCAGGGGGACGAGGAGCAGCAGGGGGACGAGGAGCAGCAGGGGGACGAGGAGCAGCAGGGGGACGAGGAGCAGCAGGGGGACGAGGAGCAGCAGGGGACGAGGAGCAGCAGGGGGACGAGGAGCAGCAGGGGGACGAGGAGCAGCAGGGGGACGAGGAGCAGCAGGGGACGAGGAGCAGCAGGGGGACGAGGAGCAGCAGGGGGACGAGGAGCAGCAGGGGGACGAGGAGCAGCAGGGGGACGAGGAGCAGCAGGGGGACGAGGAGCAGCAGGGGGACGAGGAGCAGCAGGGGGACGAGGAGCAGCAGGGGGACGAGGAGCAGCAGGGGGACGAGGAGCAGCAGGGGGACGAGGAGCAGCAGGGGGACGAGGAGCAGCAGGGGGACGAGGAGCAGCAGGGGGACGAGGAGCAGCAGGGGGACGAGGAGCAGCAGGGGGACGAGGAGCAGCAGGGGACGAGGAGCAGCAGGGGGACGAGGAGCAGCAGGGGGACGAGGAGCAGCAGGGGGACGAGGAGCAGCAGGGGGACGAGGAGCAGCAGGGGACGAGGAGCAGCAGGGGGACGAGGAGCAGCAGGGCAGGGGACGAGGAGCAGCAGGGGGACGAGGAGCAGCAGGGGGACGAGGAGCAGCAGGGGGACGAGGAGCAGCAGGGGGACGAGGAGCAGCAGGGGGACGAGGAGCAGCAGGGGACGAGGAGCAGCAGGGGGACGAGGAGCAGCAGGGGGACGAGGAGCAGCAGGGGGACGAGGAGCAGCAGGGGGACGAGGAGCAGCAGGGGGACGAGGAGCAGCAGGGGGACGAGGAGCAGCAGGGGGACGAGGAGCAGCAGGGGGACGAGGAGCAGCAGGGGGACGAGGAGCAGCAGGGGGACGAGGAGCAGCAGGGGGACGAGGAGCAGCAGGGGGACGAGGAGCAGCAGGGGACGAGGAGCAGCAGGGGGACGAGGAGCAGCAGGGGGACGAGGAGCAGCAGGGGGACGAGGAGCAGCAGGGGGACGAGGAGCAGCAGGGGGACGAGGAGCAGCAGGGGGACGAGGAGCAGCAGGGGGAACGAGGAGCAGCAGGGGACGAGGAGCAGCAGGGGGACGAGGAGCAGCAGGGGGACGAGGAGCAGCAGGGGGACGAGGAGCAGCAGGGGGACGAGGAGCAGCAGGGGGACGAGGAGCAGCAGGGGGACGAGGAGCAGCAGGGGGACGAGGAGCAGCAGGGGGACGAGGAGCAGCAGGGGGACGAGGAGCAGCAGGGGGACGAGGAGCAGCAGGGGGACGAGGAGCAGCAGGGGGACGAGGAGCAGCAGGGGGACGAGGAGCAGCAGGGGGACGAGGAGCAGCAGGGGGACGAGGAGCAGCAGGGGGACGAGGAGCAGCAGGGGGACGAGGAGCAGCAGGGGGACGAGGAGCAGCAGGGGGACGAGGAGCAGCAGGGGACGAGGAGCAGCAGGGGGACGAGGAGCAGCAGGGGGACGAGGAGCAGCAGGGGACGAGGAGCAGCAGGGGGACGAGGAGCAGCAGGGGGACGAGGAGCAGCAGGGGACGAGGAGCAGCAGGGGGACGAGGAGCAGCAGGGGGACGAGGAGCAGCAGGGGGACGAGGAGCAGCAGGGGGACGAGGAGCAGCAGGGGGACGAGGAGCAGCAGGGGGACGAGGAGCAGCAGGGGGACGAGGAGCAGCAGGGGACGAGGAGCAGCAGGGGGACGAGGAGCAGCAGGGGGACGAGGAAGCAGCAGGGGACGGGAGCAGCAGGGGGAGCAGCAGGGGGACGAGAGCAGCAGGGGGACGAGGAGCAGCAGGGGGACGAGGAGCAGCAGGGGGACGAGGAGCAGCAGGGGGACGAGGAGCAGCAGGGCGGCGAGGAGCAGCAGGGGACGAGGAGCAGCAGGGGGACGAGGAGCAGCAGGGGACGAGGAGCAGCAGGGGGACGAGGAGCAGCAGGGGGACGAGGAGCAGCAGGGGGACGAGGAGCAGCAGGGGGACGGGAGCAGCAGGGGGACGAGGAGAAGCAGGGGGACGAGGAGCAGCAGGGGGACGAGGAGCAGCAGGGGACGAGGAGCAGCAGGGGGACGAGGAGCAGCAGGGGGACGAGGAGCAGCAGGGGACGAGGAGCAGCAGGGGGACGAGGAGCAGCAGGGGGACGAGGAGCAGCAGGGGGACGAGGAGCAGCAGGGGGACGAGGAGCAGCAGGGGGACGAGGAGCAGCAGGGGGACGAGGAGCAGCAGGGGACGAGGAGCAGCAGGGGGACGAGGAGCAGCAGGGGGACGAAGAGGAGCAGCAGGGGACGAGGAGCAGCAGGGGGACGAGGAGCAGCAGGGGGACGAGGAGCAGCAGGGGGACGAGGAGCAGCAGGGGGACGAGGAGCAGCAGGGGGACGAGGAGCAGCAGGGGGACGAGGAGCAGCAGGGGGACGAGGAGCAGCAGGGGGACGAGGAGCAGCAGGGGGACGAGGAGCAGCAGGGGACGAGGAGCAGGCAGGGGGACGAGGAGCAGCAGGGGGACGAGGAGCAGCAGGGGGACGAGGAGCAGCAGGGGGACGAGGAGCAGCAGGGGGACGAGGAGCAGCAGGGGGACGAGGAGCAGCAGGGGGACGAGGAGCAGCAGGGGGACGAGGAGCAGCAGGGGGACGAGGAGCAGCAGGGGGACGAGGAGCAGCAGGGGGACGAGGAGCAGCAGGGGGACGAGGAGCAGCAGGGGGACGAGGAGCAGCAGGGGGACGAGGAGCAGCAGGGGGGACGAGGAGCAGCAGGGGGACGAGGAGCAGCAGGGGGACGAGGAGCAGCAGGGGGACGAGGAGCAGCAGGGGGACGAGGAGCAGCAGGGGGACGAGGAGCAGCAGGGGGACGAGGAGCAGCAGGGGGACGAGGAGCAGCAGGGGGACGAGGAGCAGCAGGGGGACGAGGAGCAGCAGGGGGACGAGGAGCAGCAGGGGGACGAGGAGCAGCAGGGGGACGAGGAGCAGCAGGGGGACGAGGAGCAGCAGGGGGACGAGGAGCAGCAGGGGGGACGAGGAGCAGCAGGGGGACGAGGAGCAGCAGGGGGACGAGGAGCAGCAGGGGGACGAGGAGCAGCAGGGGGACGAGGAGCAGCAGGGGGACGAGGAGCAGCAGGGGACGAGGAGCAGCAGGGGGACGAGGAGCAGCAGGGGGACGAGGAGCAGCAGGGGGACGAGGAGCAGCAGGGGGACGAGGAGCAGCAGGGGGACGAGGAGCAGCAGGGGGACGAGGAGCAGCAGGGGGACGAGGAGCAGCAGGGGGACGAGGAGCAGCAGGGGGACGAGGAGCAGCAGGGGGACGAGGAGCAGCAGGGGGACGAGGAGCAGCAGGGGGACGAGGAGCAGCAGGGGGACGAGGAGAGCAGCAGGGGGACGAGGAGCAGCAGGGGGACGAGGAGCAGCAGGGGGACGAGGAGCAGCAGGGGGGGACGAGGAGCAGCAGGGGGCCGAGGAGCAGCAGGCGGGACGAGUGAGCAGCAGGGGGACGAGGAGCAGCAGGGGGACGAGGAGCAGCAGGGGGACGAGGAGCAGCAGGGGACGAGGAGCAGCAGGGGGACGAGGAGCAGCAGGGGGACGAGGAGCAGCAGGGGACGAGGAGCAGCAGGGGGACGAGGAGCAGCAGGGGGAGAGGAGCAGCAGGGGGACGAGGAGCAGCAGGGGGACGAGGAGCAGCAGGGGACGAGGAGCAGCAGGGGGACGAGGAGCAGCAGGGGGACGAGGAGCAGCAGGGGGACGAGGAGCAGCAGGGGGACGAGGAGCAGCAGGGGGACGAGGAGCAGCAGGGGGGACGAGGAGCAGCAGGGGGACGAGGAGCAGCAGGGGGACGAGGAGCAGCAGGGGGACGAGGAGCAGCAGGGGGACGAGGAGCAGCAGGGGGACGAGGAGCAGCAGGGGGACGAGGAGCAGCAGGGGGACGAGGAGCAGCAGGGGGACGAGGAGCAGCAGGGGGACGAGGAGCAGCAGGGGGACGAGGAGCAGCAGGGGGACGAGGAGCAGCAGGGGGACGAGGAGCAGCAGGGGGACGAGGAGCAGCAGGGGGACGAGGAGCAGCAGGGGGACGAGGAGCAGCAGGGGGACGAGGAGCAGCAGGGGGACGAGGAGCAGCAGGGGGACGAGGAGCAGCAGGGGGACGAGGAGCAGCAGGGGGACGAGGAGCAGCAGGGGGACGAGGAGCAGCAGGGGGACGAGGAGCAGCAGGGGGACGAGGAGCAGCAGGGGGACGAGGAGCAGCAGGGGGACGAGGAGCAGCAGGGGGACGAGGAGCAGCAGGGGGACGAGGAGCAGCAGGGGGACGAGGAGCAGCAGGGGGACGAGGAGCAGCAGGGGGACGAGGAGCAGCAGGGGGACGAGGAGCAGCAGGGGGACGAGGAGCAGCAGGGGGACGAGGAGCAGCAGGGGGACGAGGAGCAGCAGGGGGACGAGGAGCAGCAGGGGGACGAGGAGCAGCAGGGGGACGAGGAGCAGCAGGGGGACGAGGAGCAGCAGGGGGACGAGGAGCAGCAGGGGGACGAGGAGCAGCAGGGGGACGAGGAGCAGCAGGGGGACGAGGAGCAGCAGGGGGACGAGGAGCAGCAGGGGGACGAGGAGCAGCAGGGGGACGAGGAGCAGCAGGGGGACGAGGAGCAGCAGGGGGACGAGGAGCAGCAGGGGGACGAGGAGCAGCAGGGGGACGAGGAGCAGCAGGGGGACGAGGAGCAGCAGGGGACGAGGAGCAGCAGGGGGACGAGGAGCAGCAGGGGGACGAGGAGCAGCAGGGGGACGAGGAGCAGCAGGGGGACGAGGAGCAGCAGGGGGACGAGGAGCAGCAGGGGGACGAGGAGCAGCAGGGGGACGAGGAGCAGCAGGGGGACGAGGAGCAGCAGGGGGACGAGGAGCAGCAGGGGGACGAGGAGCAGCAGGGGGACGAGGAGCAGCAGGGGGACGAGGAGCAGCAGGGGGACGAGGAGCAGCAGGGGGACGAGGAGCAGCAGGGGGACGAGGAGCAGCAGGGGGACGAGGAGCAGCAGGGGGACGAGGAGCAGCAGGGGACGAGGAGCAGCAGGGGGACGAGGAGCAGCAGGGGGACGAGGAGCAGCAGGGGGACGAGGGAAGCCAGCAGGGGGACGAGGAGCAGCAGGGGACGAGGAGCAGCAGGGGACGAGGAGCAGCAGGGGGACGAGGAGCAGCAGGGGGACGAGGAGCAGCAGGGGGACGAGGAGCAGCAGGGGGACGAGGAGCAGCAGGGGGACGAGGAGCAGCAGGGGGACGAGGAGCAGCAGGGGGACGAGGAGCAGCAGGGGGGACGAGGAGCAGCAGGGGGACGAGGAGCAGCAGGGGGACGAGGAGCAGCAGGGGGACGAGGAGCAGCAGGGGGACGAGGAGCAGCAGGGGGACGAGGAGCAGCAGGGGGACGAGGAGCAGCAGGGGGACGAGGAGCAGCAGGGGGGACGAGGAGCAGCAGGGGGACGAGGAGCAGCAGGGGGACGAGGAGCAGCAGGGGGACGAGGAGCAGCAGGGGGACGAGGAGCAGCAGGGGGACGAGGAGCAGCAGGGGGACGAGGAGCAGCAGGGGGACGAGGAGCAGCAGGGGGACGAGGAGCAGCAGGGGGACGAGGAGCAGCAGGGGGACGAGGAGCAGCAGGGGGACGAGGAGCAGCAGGGGGACGAGGAGCAGCAGGGGGACGAGGAGCAGCAGGGGGACGAGGAGCAGCAGGGGGACGAGGAGCAGCAGGGGGACGAGGAGCAGCAGGGGGACGAGGAGCAGCAGGGGGACGAGGAGCAGCAGGGGGACGAGGAGCAGCAGGGGGACGAGGAGCAGCAGGGGACGAGGAGCAGCAGGGGGACGAGGAGCAGCAGGGGGACGAGGAGCAGCAGGGGGACGAGGAGCAGCAGGGGGACGAGGAGCAGCAGGGGGACGAGGAGCAGCAGGGGGACGAGGAGCAGCAGGGGGACGAGGAGCAGCAGGGGGACGAGGAGCAGCAGGGGAGAGGAGCACAGGGGGACGAGGAGCAGCAGGGGACGAGGAGCAGCAGGGGACGAGGAGCAGCAGGGGGACGAGGAGCAGCAGGGGGACGAGGAGCAGCAGGGGGACGAGGAGCAGCAGGGGGGACGAGGGCAGCAGGGGGACGAGGAGCAGCAGGGGGACGAGGAGCAGCAGGGGGACGAGGAGCAGCAGGGGGACGAGGAGCAGCAGGGGGACGAGGAGCAGCAGGGGGACGAGGAGCAGCAGGGACGAGGAGCAGCAGGGGGACGAGGAGCAGCAGGGGGACGAGGAGCAGCAGGGGGACGAGGAGCAGCAGGGGGACGAGGAGCAGCAGGGGACGAGGAGCAGCAGGGGGGACGAGGAGCAAGCAGGGGGACGAGGAGCAGCAGGGGGGGGGGACGAGGAGCAGCAGGGGGACGAGGAGCAGCAGGGGGACGAGGAGCAGCAGGGGGACGAGGAGCAGCAGGGGGACGAGAGAGCAGCAGGGGGACGAGGAGCAGCAGGGGGACGAGAGGAGCAGCAGGGGACGAGGAGCAGCAGGGGGACGAGGAGCAGCAGGGGGACGAGGAGCAGCAGGGGGACGAGGAGCAGCAGGGGGACGAGGAGCAGCAGGGGGACGAGGAGCAGCAGGGGGACGAGGAGCAGCAGGGGGACGAGGAGCAGCAGGGGGACGAGGAGCAGCAGGGGGACGAGGAGCAGCAGGGGGACGAGGAGCAGCAGGGGGACGAGGAGCAGCAGGGGACGAGGAGCCGCAGGGGGACGAGGAGCAGCAGGGGGACGAGGAGCAGCAGGGGGACGAGGAGCAGCAGGGGGACGAGGAGCAGCAGGGGACGAGGAGCAGCAGGGGGACGAGGAGCAGCAGGGGGACGAGGAGCAGCAGGGGGACGAGGAGCAGCAGGGGGACGAGGAGCAGCAGGGGGACGAGGAGCAGCAGGGGGACGAGGAGCAGCAGGGGGGACGAGGAGCAGCAGGGGGACGAGGAGCAGCAGGGGGACGAGGAGCAGCAGGGGGACGAGGAGCAGCAGGGGGACGAGGAGCAGCAGGGGGACGAGGAGCAGCAGGGGGACGAGGAGCAGCAGGGGGACGAGGAGCAGCAGGGGGACGAGGAGCAGCAGGGGGACGAGGAGCAGCAGGGGGACGAGGAGCAGCAGGGGGACGAGGAGCAGCAGGGGGACGAGGAGCAGCAGGGGGACGAGGAGCAGCAGGGGGACGAGGAGCAGCAGGGGGACGAGGAGCAGCAGGGGGACGAGGAGCAGCAGGGGGACGAGGAGCAGCAGGGGGACGAGGAGCAGCAGGGGGACGAGGAGCAGCAGGGGGACGAGGAGCAGCAGGGGGACGAGGAGCAGCAGGGGGACGAGGAGCAGCAGGGGGACGAGGAGCAGCAGGGGGACGAGGAGCAGCAGGGGGACGAGGAGCCAGCAGGGGGACGAGGAGCAGCAGGGGGACGAGGAGCAGCAGGGGGACGAGGAGCAGCAGGGGGACGAGGAGCAGCAGGGGGACGAGGAGCAGCAGGGGGACGAGGAGCAGCAGGGGGACGAGGAGCAGCAGGGGGACGAGGAGCAGCAGGGGGACGAGGAGCAGCAGGGGGACGAGGAGCAGCAGGGGGACGAGGAGCAGCAGGGGGACGAGGAGCAGCAGGGGGACGAGGAGCAGCAGGGGGACGAGGAGCAGCAGGGGGACGAGGAGCAGCAGGGGGACGAGGAGCAGCAGGGGGACGAGGAGCAGCAGGGGGACGAGGAGCAGCAGGGGGACGAGGAGCAGCAGGGGGACGAGGAGCAGCAGGGGGACGAGGAGCAGCAGGGGGACGAGGAGCAGCAGGGGGACGAGGAGCAGCAGGGGGACGAGGAGCAGCAGGGGGACGAGGAGCAGCAGGGGGACGAGGAGCAGCAGGGGGACGAGGGAGCAGCAGGGGGACGAGGAGCAGCAGGGGGACGAGGAGCAGCAGGGGACGAGGAGCAGCAGGGGGACGAGGAGCAGCAGGGGGACGAGGAGCAGCAGGGGGACGAGGAGCAGCAGGGGGACGAGGAGCAGCAGGGGGACGAGGAGCAGCAGGGGGACGAGGAGCAGCAGGGGGACGAGGAGCAGCAGGGGGACGAGGAGCAGCAGGGGGACGAGGAGCAGCAGGGGGACGAGGAGCAGCAGGGGGACGAGGAGCAGCAGGGGGACGAGGAGCAGCAGGGGGACGAGGAGCAGCAGGGGGACGAGGAGCAGCAGGGGGACGAGGAGCAGCAGGGGGACGAGGAGCAGCAGGGGGACGAGGAGCAGCAGGGGACGAGGAGCAGCAGGGGGACGAGGAGCAGCAGGGGGACGAGGAGCAGCAGGGGGACGAGGAGCAGCAGGGGGACGAGGAGCAGCAGGGGGACGAGGAGCAGCAGGGGGACGAGGAGCAGCAGGGGGACGAGGAGCAGCAGGGGACGAGGAGCAGCAGGGGGACGAGGAGCAGCAGGGGGGACGAGGAGCAGCAGGGGGACGAGGAGCAGCAGGGGGACGAGGAGCAGCAGGGGGACGAGGAGCAGCAGGGGGACGAGGAGCAGCAGGGGGACGAGGAGCAGCAGGGGGACGAGGAGCAGCAGGGGGACGAGGAGCAGCAGGGGGACGAGGAGCAGCAGGGGGACGAGGAGCAGCAGGGGGACGAGGAGCAGCAGGGGGACGAGGAGCAGCAGGGGGACGAGGAGCAGCAGGGGGACGAGGAGCAGCAGGGGGACGAGGAGCAGCAGGGGGACGAGGAGCAGCAGGGGGACGAGGAGCAGCAGGGGGACGAGGAGCAGCAGGGGGACGAGGAAACGGAGCAGGAGGACGAGCAUGAGUCUGCUCCUGUUGCUGAGGUUGAUAGCAGUGAGGGCGGAGACGAAGAGCAAGAUGAUCAGCAGAAGUCUGCUCCUGUUGCUGCAGGUAGUGGCGGUGACCAAAGCAGUGGCGAAGGGUUUGUGGGGGAAAGUUCUGAAGCGCAAGAUGCUUGGCAGAAUUCUGCCCCUGUUGCUUCUGGCAGUGGUGAUGACCAAAGCAGUAGCGACGACCAAAGCAGUGGCGGUGACCAAAGCAGUGGCGGUGACCAAAGCAGUGGCGGUGACCAAAGCAGUGGUGAAGGGGCUAUUGGGGGGGAUUCGGGAGGUGGUGUGAGUGAUGCUGGCAAAGGCAGCAGUGAGAUUGAGGAUUAUGGAGGAAAGGGCGAUGAGGAGGGAGGUGGCGUGAGCAAUCCUGGCGAAGGCAGCAGCGGGGGUGAGAAUAAUCAGGGAAAGGGGAAUGAGGAGGAGGGGGGUGGAUCAGGUGGUGGAGAGGGAGAGGGGAGCAAUAACGAGGCAGAUCAAGGGCAAGGAAAUUCGGAGGUGGGAGGAGGAGAGGAGAGCUGGAUGGUGGGAUGGGGAGGCAAUAAGGAUGCGGGUUGGAUGGAGGAGUCUGGAGAGACCGAUGUGACGGAUAUUCGUGUCGCUCCGGAAUUCAGAAGCAGCCUCAAAUCGACUGAUGCUAACACACUGACCGGCGUUUCGAAGCUUCUGAAGGAUGAGAAGCAGCUGCCAUAA